CCACCAUUUGAAAUGGCUAGUGGAGAAAAAUUACAGAGUUUGCUGGAUACACACUGCACGUGUAGCCUGUGCCGCGAAGUGUUCAAACAACCGCGAAUGUUGACAUGUUUUCACACCUUUUGCACGCCUUGUUUAGAGUCGUACAUUACACAGAAGGUUUGUGAAAAUGGACAAAAGAGCUUUCCCUGUCCCACGUGUUCUGCGCAGAUUAUUGUUGCUGGGGAAAACAAGAUCGACGCUCAUUUAGAGGUCAAGGUCGAUCGAUUCACCUGCAAACUGGUAGAAAUUGUAGAUGCAUUCCGAUCAGAGAAAUCAUGUGAUAUUUGCAAACGUGGGGAUAUAUCUGUGCCUGCUUUGGACUGGUGCAUGGAAUGUUAUGACGCCCUAUGCGAAGUAUGCGUUAAGAUUCAUUUAUGCGGGAAAACAACAUCAGAUCACACAGUUCUUUCCCUUGAAGAGUUAAAAAAGUUAUCUAUUGAGAACGUCAUGAAACGAAACAUUACACAGAAAUGUAUCAAACAUGAAGAAGACAUCAAAAUGUAUUGCUUGGAUUGCAAGGAUCCAGUUUGUGUUCAAUGUUUUGCAAGUACACACAGAAAAUGUGAACAUUGUGUGUUAAUAUCGGAAGCAAGCAAGUCACUGAAUGAAGAUGUGGCAGAGCUGAUUUCCAAACUUCAUUCUUUCAAAGACAAGUGUUCUGAUGUAGUUCCCACCAGUGAAACAUCAGCAGAGAUUCUCCUCAAAUCUUCAUUACAUAGAGCAGAGGAAGAAAUUAGGGCAUUGGCAAAUGAACUUCGGCAGAAAAUAGAUAUGCAUGAGAAAAUUGUAUUGGAACAGUUACAUUCUCUAGGUGAACAGCUUCAAAUAAAGAUUACAGACACUAUGAAGUCUCCUGAGAUUCCAGUUGAGGAAGAAAUGAAGGUUUUAUCCUCGGCAGAACUCAGGCUGGCUGCACUUCUCAAGUAUGGCUGUGAUGGUGAAGUCCUGGAAGUCUACAAUUACAUCAAAGAAACUUUGGCAAAAAUCGAGAAGAAAAACUCAACAGAUAAUGGUGAAAAUGAAGUCCGGCUCAAGGUGAAAUUUGAUACAGAUAGCAUGGUCAAGACCUUUUGUCGAGAUUUUGAAAAACUUGGGGACAUUCGAGUUGAAGACUGCAACACAGACAGUGGGUUUUCUUCUUGGGGGGUCACAGUGACUUCAAGAGAAGAAAUUAUCCUAGCUGAUUGCAGAAACCGAAGAGUGCAAAAAUUCUCCAGCUCUGGUGACCUCAUGGAUCACAUUGUUCUGAACGAAGAGCCAAGGGAUGUCACCUGCUUUGGAGAAGACAAUAUUGCUCUCACUCUGUCGAAAAAACACAUUUACAUAGUGUCCUUGUCUGGCAGCAUGGCACUGAAAAGGAAAUAUGAAACCCUGAAACAGUAUGAUGGGAUAGUCUACUCCCCUGCCAAUUUUUGUUUUCUAGUCAGUUCUGUUGAGGACCGUUGUGUAGAUUUAGUGUCCAGACAAGGGGACAUAACCAAAACAUUUAAGUUUAAUUCUGCUGGCGAGCCUCUUUUUGAAAUUCCCAGAUAUGUUGCUGUUUCAAAGGAUGGAUUUUAUGUAAUUAGUGAUGCAGGAAAAAGUGCCGUGAUGUGCAUGUCACAAGAUGGCAGCGUUGUGUUCAGCUAUUCACCUUCAGAGGCCAAUGAGUUAAAGCGGGCGCAGGGAGUGUGCUGUGAUAAAAUUGGGAACCUUUUUGUGGCAGAUUAUGCCAACAGUAGGGUGCACCUUCUGACAUCUGAUGGUAACUUCCAGAGGUUUGUGCUGGGUAGGGAGAGUGGGCUGAGACGUCCGGUCGCCCUGGCCAUGACACAAAGCAACAAGCUGGUCAUCAUUCAAUCAGACGGUGUUGUCAAAAUUUUCACUUACGAAAGUGCCGAAGUCUCGCCGAAACCAAAACCCAAAGACCUUCCGCCGGUGAGAGAGUCUAGCGAUGACGGUGAAGACAGCGAGGCUCCAGUUGUUUCUCAUUCGGCUUUUGGAACCCGGCGCUUGAGCAGCUAUACGGGGCUGGGUGGGGGGAUCAGCUAUGCUAAAAUGUUUGGGAACCCUGGCGCCAUUCACAGUGGAGGCACUGGGUACAAGAGUUACAGAAGGCACAGUGAGAAUGUUGACCCGAGGUCACCCACAGCACCGCCACCUUUCCUCCCACAAAGCCUUCGUCCGAGGAAUUUUUAAAAACAAAGUGCAGUACUCAGUAAAAGUGUUGAUUUGAUAUCUUUGCGUUUUUCCAACCAUGACACCUUCCACAGUACCAUUCCAACCGUUAAACUUCUGUCAUGUUAUGCUCAUAUUUAUUCAUUUCUCAAGACAAUCAUGCAUACCACAUGAUGUUUUUACAAUGGUUAAAUUUGUAAUUAUUAUAAUUUAUAUUAAACAUGAUCUGGCCAGUUUAUAGAUUUAAAUGAGUUUAUACAGUAAAAAUUAAUUUACCAGAUCCGAUUUUAUAAGGACAGAUGGAACAGCUUAUCUGUUUGGUGACGUUCACAUAUGGAAGGGAUCAGGUGCUCAACACAUUUGCCUUUGCCUCCCUGACUCAAGUCAUGACUCAGGAGCAUGGUGCUGACUCAAGUCAUGACUAAGGGGCAUGAUGCUGACUCAAGUCAUGAUCAGGGGCAUGAUGCUGACUCAAGUCAAGAUCAGGGGCAUGAUGCUGAUUCAAGUCAUGAUCAGGGGCAUGGUGCUGACUCAAAUCAUGACUCAGGGGCAUGUUGCUGACUCAAAUCAUGACUCAGGGGCAUGAUGCUGACUCAAGUCAUGAUCAAGAGCAUGAUGCUGACUCAAGUCAUGAUCAGGGGCAUGAUGCUGAUUCAAGUCAUGAUCAGGGGCAUGAUGCUGACUCAAGUCAGGCACAUGGUGCUGACUUAAGUCAUGACUCAUGAAAUAGUUUUUAUGCUAUAAAUUUGAGAUAAUUUUUGUUUUGGGUAUCUAAUUUUUUUAAUGUAAAAAAAUUUAUUAUAGUUUUGUCUUGCAAUGUUUCAUUUUGAAUCAUAUAAAUGUAAAAAGUUUGUAAAUAUUUUUUUAUAUCAAAAGCAUUUUUAUGUAGGCUCUACUUCAGUGCUUUACGUAACAUAUAAUAGAUAUACAGUUCUCUUUAACAUUUGCUAAACACUUAUGUAUGCCAAGAAAAGAAAAUGUUUUUUUUUUAUUUCUUUGUAGCCCUACUUCAAUUGUAAAUAAUUGUAAAUAAAUGGAAGUUCAGUUAUCAUUGGCAUGCCGCUGAGGUUACCUUGCCUAAAUAGCAACCUCAGAUGUCAAUGUUAUUGAAAUAAAACUAUGUUAGCUAUGUUAAAACAAAAGAGAAAAAGAAACAUUGAUGAGUUUAAUUUAUUAUGAAUAACUAGUAGGAUACUUGUUUUUAUCUUUACAUUUAUUUUAUGCCAAACAGAUUUGCAUUGUACUAAUUGUAGAUUAACUUAAGUAAUUCUUAAGUUAAGAAAUAUUAGGAUUCCAUAAAAUUUCAAUUAUCAGUUCAGUAGAUCAUAGAACUCUUAGCAAACUAAAGAGUUCGAUUGAAAAUUCGCUUAUAAAAAUGUCUGAUUAUUACACACCCUAAAGAUUUUAUAUAGUUCGCAUUUAAUUUUAUAAGCUUAUGUGUGUAUAAAAAUACAAAUAAACUUUCAUUUUGUUAUUUUUGUAUCAUUCUAUAAUAAUAUUGUAAAAAACAAUAA